CUUGCCGAUAUUUCAUCCAUCUCCCUCGUAAAUUCUCGAUAGGCCAAAAAGAUUGACAACAAAAGGCAUUAUUUUGAGGAACAUUGUUGUUUCAAAUGAUUCUGUAUAAAUAAGUGUUGUGUCUUGGGAGCCUGUAUUAGUGAUUUACACCGUGGAGGAAAAAAUAUGAAGAGGCGGAAUGCCGAAAGUGGCAAAUUGCGGCGCCCUUUAAAGCGCACAAAAAUCACCGAAGGAAUGUACGGAAACUCGCUCCUGUAUUUGAAGUUCGUGAUGCUGUGGGCCACAGUGGUGCUGGCAGAUUACAUGCUGGAGUUCAGAUUCGAGUUCCUCUGGCCAUUCUGGAUGAUGCUCCGAUCUGUUUAUGACUCAUUCAAAUACCAGGGACUUGCAUUCUCAGUAUUCUUCAUCUGCAUAGCGCUCACGUCCGACAUGAUAUGUUUCUUCUUCAUACCGCUGCAAUAUAUAUUCUUCGCGGCCAGCACAUAUGUGUGGGUGCAAUAUGUAUGGUAUUCAUUUGCAGAAAAAGGCAUAUGCCUGCCCACAGUAGUGGUGUGCUGCUUCCUAGUGUACGUAGAAGGAGCGCUCCGGUCGGAGCGGACAGUCAGCAUGGAGCUGACGCGGCCGCUCGCGGCGCACUGCGUGGGCUACCCCGCCGUCACGCUCGGAGCGGGCGUCAAGGCGCAUAUAACGCGAAGGCUGCGGCUGCGGCGGCAGCGUCAAGUGCGGCAGGAGAAUGAAUUCUACUUCCAGCUCAUGAGAGACGCACUCCCUGAGAGCGCGCUGGAACAGAACCAGCCGUCCAAAGACGGCGCGCCGGCGGAGUGUGCGGCGCAGGCGGCGGCAGCGCAGGCGCCGGCGGCGACGGACGCGCGGCAUCUCAACGGCUCGCUCAAGAAGCGGCAGCCGAACGGCACCGCCGACUCCGCGCUGCAUGCCAAGUUAGAUAAGGUAGAGAAGCCCGCGGCCAACGGGCGCGCGCACGCGCUCAGCAACGGGCAGGCUGGCAUCGACGACGACCACAGUAAAGGUGGUACAAAACCGUCGAAGUGUGAAAAGAAAGAGGCCAGUACGUUAAAAGAAGAGAAGAAAAAGAGUAAAAAUAAGGAUAAGGAUAGCAGCGAUAGUCAUAAGAGUACAGAACAGAUAAAAGAACAAAUAGUUAAAGAAAAAGAAGUGGAAAGUACAAAAGAAACGAGAAGUAACAAGGAGUGCAAUAGCAGCAAGGAGAAAGAGAAGGCAUUAGAAAAGGAGCGGGAGAGAGAAACGAGGGAGCGGGAAAAGGAACGCGAGAGGGAGAGAGAGCGAGAACGCGAAUUGCGCGAAGCUCGCGAAUACGCCGAAGAAAUAAAGCGACUGAAAGCCGAGCUGGCAACGUCGCGCAACAACGAGGCGGAAGCACGGCGCGCGCUGGCCGCCGCCGCCGCCGCGGAGCGGCAACGUCGCGCCGAACACGCGCAGCUCAAGCAACAGCAUCAAGCGUUGCAACAUAAGAUAGCGACGUGGCGCACGCACGAGCGCGCCACGCUGGAGCGGCGGCUCGGCGAGGAGCGGCGCGCGCGCACCGCCGCCGAGCACCAGCUGCAGCGCGCCAAGCGACAACCGCAACACAACAGUACAAGCAACAACAACAAUCAGUCGGGCUGCGACAACGAGUGGUGCCGCGCGGCUAUUCGUUGCGGAGAGGCCGAAGCAUCGGCGCUCCGCCGCGAGCUAGCGAGAGCGAGACAGCACGCCACGGACCAGGCGCGGGCCCUGGAGUCGUGCUCGCCGGCGCCGGCUCCCCCCUCCCCCUCCCCCUCCCCCUCCUCCCCGCCGGAGGGCGGCGCGCGGCUGGCGGCGGCGUGCGCGGCGCUGUCCGAGCGCUCGGCGCACCUGCAGCGCGCGCUCAGCGCCGAGACCCGCGUCAAGCUGGACCUGCUGCAGGCGCUGGGCGACGCCAAGCGGCACAUGCACAUACAGGAGGGCUUAAUAUCCCGUCAAGAGAAAGAAAUCGAAGAGCUAAAAGCUCAAAUGCUGGCCGUGAUGCCGACAGAGUUCGUGCAGGCCGCGGGCGCCGGCGUCAGCAAGCUGCGCCUCACGGACGGCUCCCCGCUCGACCCUAACGCCUCCGUGUACACGCCCAAGCAGCUGUGCUCGGAUGCCUAAACUGGACUGGACCCAGUCAAUGAGGAGGUUUGGUAAUAAUUCUCAAUUGAAAUUGGACUUGAUAUUUAGAUCACAACGGUUAAACUCACUUGUAUUUUUAGUCGCUAUUGGCGACAUGUUUCGACAUCGGGGGUCAUUCUUUCUUUAAGAUUUUGCAUUUUUUUUUUCUAGUUUUAUUAAGCUUUGAGCACCUUGAGCGUUCCGAUAUAUCUUAACUUCACUUACCCCUUAAUCUGUUAAAACAUUAUCUGAACUAGAGUGUUAUUAGUUUACAUUAACCAUUAAAAGACAGUUCUUUUAUAAAUGUUGACUAAUUGAUUUGAUGGUUUUAAGUAUUUGUUUUUGCAUCCAUACAAGGUAUCAUUUUAGGUAAAGAUAUUUUGGUCCAAUUUCAAGUACUUGCUACACAAAUGACGAGGGUAUAAAUUAGAAAAAUCCAUCUGAAAUCCAAAAGUCCAAAUAUUAGUGGAUCUGAUGCUUUUAAUUUAUGUCCUAGUGGGAAGGAGAAUUAUAAACUAAGGCCUCAUUGAUUAAGAUAUAAAGAGCUAAGCAUAAGUCAAGGUGAAUUACCUUAGCGUUUUUAGAGGCAGCAUAUAAUGUAAUAAAAAUAAACAACAGAAUUUAACGACAUUUAAAACACUUACGUUCUAUGCCGAAAUUCGUAAUGUAUGGACAAUUUUUUUUUAUUUGUUAAAUUAAAUAUUACUUUAGUUAUUUGUACAACAAGAGAUCAAAGUUUGAUAUUUCUUCGAGUGCUUAUUUUGAGUCCCGUGCAAGCGAAAGAUUCUAUAAUAGAUUCACGAGCGUAGCGAGUGAAUCUAAUUUAGAAUCUUGAUCGUAGUAAGGGAUUCAAAAGCGCACGAGAUGUAAAUAACUUUGAUCUCGUGUAGUACACAAAAUUUUUCACCCUAAGCAGUGAGAACAUACCUAGAGGGACAGAGAUAAUAGAACCCAAGUAUAUCGAACUUGUAUUAGACCCCGCAUUUUGAAAUGACAUUUGACUAUAAAAGUCACUUGAAUGACAUUUUGUCUCACUCAGUGAGCAAAAUGCGAUUUUGCUCACUCAUACUGUAUCACUUAGUGAGCAAAAUGCGAUUUUGCUCACUGAGUGAGACAAAAUGACUCAGUGAGCAAAAUCGCAUUUUGCUCACUCUUUUUAAGAAGCAAAGUUUUGUUCCUUGUUCGAGCUGCUGAGGUGAAAAAUAAAUUAUUCUACUGCUGCCGACUACGCUGGGGUUAUAUUUAACUUGAUCUGUGAUUUAAUAUUAUUGAAUAUAAAAGAGACAUUUCUUAUCCAAUCUGUAAUUUUACUAGCAACUGGCAAAGUAGUUUAGGCACGAUAAUUUAUUUAAUAAUCCAUCAAACAGCUAACUAUACAGAUCCCACCAAAGUGCUGACGAACUCAAUAUAAUUCUAACAAAUUAAAGAUCUAAAUAAGGUAUCUAUCAUAAAUGCCAUGUUAUUUUAAACAAAGAAAAUUCAACCAUUUCACAGUGGCUCAGGAUUCAAAGAAUAAUUUACAUUUUUAUUAAUGGCACGUGGCCUAGGUAUUUUUGAAAACAAUAAAGGUUCACCAUUUUCUGUACUAAUAUUUCGUCAACUAUACGGUAUUAAUUCGUCUUUCUCUUGAGGGUCAACGCCGCAUAAUAAAGUGAUAGGAAAUGUUUCUAAAAUCCUCUAAUAUUAUCUAUCCAAAAAUGAAAUUGUCAGACGGAAAUCAUGAAAUUACUUAAUUUAUUUUAAAUAAUCGAUUAACAUCACAAUUUUAUCAAGAAAAAGUAUGUCUGUCAACUCCAUUGGUUAGCUCUUUAAUACUAUUGAUGGUGAAAAUAUUUGCGUUCGUCCUAUUCCUUUUAAAGCAAUACAAUAGACUGGUUUCGUCAUAUUAAAACCUCCAUUUUAACAAGCAUUUUACUGGCAUUUAAUCGAACAAUCGUAGUUAUUUUUGAACGCAAACUAUUUUUAUUCUCGAUAGACAUAGCUUGCAUCUAGCGUGACUUUAGACAUCCAUUCUGGUAAAGGGUCUAAUGUAAAACAAGUAUCUUGGUAUGCAGAGCUAUUCUUUAUGGCGGGAAGAGCUUGACGCCUUUGACAGAGACUGGUGGGAGACUUCAGGGGAUAGGGAUACGUGGAGAAAUAAGAGGGAGGCCUUUGCCCAACAGUGGGGCAAUAUAGGCUCUUAAUAAUAAUAAUAAAGGCCAGAGUACACCGGAUGUGUGUGCGUAGACGUGCAUGUGCUCGUGCGCAGAAAUGUUGGAACCGUGCACGCACGCGUCACGCAAGCAGUGUGCCUUUUCUCUUAAGAAUCUGUAUAUUACAACACGAACUUACGAACUUGUUGUUUCCAUGCCAUUCGACCAUUCAUAUACUAAAAUCAAUUAUUUUCUAACUUUGAAAGAUUUUAAGCCUGCUUCAGUUAUUUUUCAUAGAAAUAACAAACAAUCCAACAUAGCAUUGUUUUAUUCUUGCUGUAUAUGAAAAUCCGUAUAGUAGGCUAA